AUGCGAUUACGCACCGAUUAUUAUAAUUAUGGCCUUGACGACAUUAGGGCUCUUUGUAUCGGUGCGUUCUGGCUGGCUGACCUGUCCUGGCCGUUUGCAAGCCUUGCUGUCCGUCUAGCGACAGACCUUCAACUACAUAAAAGCUUCGCCAAGGCCGUAGAUGGAGAUGGAGAGCAUUAUGUACGCGCUCGCCUGUACUACCACGUCAACGUUUGCGAUCAUCAUGCGUCCAUUGCAUUCGGUCGACCGCCUCUGACUCGCGAGUCAGAGGCAAUCCGCAACGCUCGAGACUUUUUGAAGAGCACACAUGCAACCGAGGAUGACGCACGCCUUGUUAGCCAAGUCUGUCGUUGGAGUCUACUGUCCACGAUAUAUGAUGCAUUUGGAGUAGAUGUUGACCGGCCGCUCUCUGCCACGCAGGUGCCUCAUCUCCGAAGACUUGCGGUAGCCUUGGAUGAUAUUCGAGCAGAAUGGUCGGAGAAAUUCGCCCCCAAUGCCCAUGUCGGCAAUUAUCCUCGCAAAGGUGUUAGCCUACAGUACUACUUUGCCAAACUCUACCUGUGCUCUCACGCUUUCAGGGGACAAACACCAAGCAACGAUACUUGUCUACCGCCGGACCUGCUUGUUGAGUUGCACGAGAUCGCGGAUACUGCUGUUUCAUCGGCACUUUCCAUACUUCGUUUUCUUGCCACGGACCCGGAGACUCAAGACUUUCUUAAUGGACUCCCUACAUACUUUCAUGUCAUGGUCACGUUUGCUGUCGUGUUCCUUAUGAGAGUCUCGGCUCAGCCAUUACUCAACGUGCGCCUUCACAAAGAAGAGGUAAAAUCGUUGGUCGAGGCAACCUCGACUGCGUUGCAGGGUAUCACAUCCACAUUGCAUCAUCAGCAUCUUCUUGUUAGUAUCUACCAAGGCAUAAGCGACAUAUUACGACGUUCAGAAGCUGGAAGCGAACAAAGAGCUUUGGUGAUGCCGGAGCCUCGAGACGAGCAGCACAACUAUGAACUCUGGAGUCACGAUUUCGCUUUCGAUCCAUAUUUUCUUGGCACAUUUGACUUUCAAUUGAAUCAAAUGAUGGACUUUGAUAUUGAAUCGGAAGUAGCUACUAAUGAUCCGCUGCUAUAG